AUGGCGUCUCGAGGCCGCGCAGGUGACAGCCAAGUUAUCUCCUUUGACACCAAUGAGGGCGGUAGGUCUACUUCGAGCGCGGGGUCUUCCCGCCCCAGCACUUCAGGAGGAAGGUCCAAGAAGCCCAAGCUCAGUGAGUUCCGUCAGUAUCUCGAGAAGGAAGAUCUGCCCCUCUUAAUCGAGACUCGUCAUGGAGUGCGUCGCGUAACGUGGAUAGCAAACUUGGAGCAGCUCGACUUCGCGCACUUCCUCCCGAUCUGCCUUAGUGGCCUACAAGAGACACUGGAGCCGUAUCCGUCGUUUGCGUUCGAUGCUGCAAUGGGGCUACUGGAGAGCGGUCGACGCGACACUCGAGUGUUGAAGGCAUUGCCCCAGGUGGUCCAGCAGCUCAAGAGCGCUCUAAGCACCCGCGAGAAGGUUGUGGUGCACCGUGUCCUACUGAUUCUACAGCAGUUGGCAGUGUGUGAGGGUGUCGGAUCUGCGUUGGCGGAUUACUAUCGAUCGCUACUGCCAUUGUGCAACAUCCUGCAAGACAAACACCUCGGCACUGGCGAUAGUGCCACAAAGGAGCUCGUGACUGAAGCACUGGAGACGAUGGAGGCCUACGGCAGGGACGACGCCCACUUGAUGAUCCAGCAGUACGUUCCAGCUUUCCAGAGCUGCUGUGGCGCCUAA